AUUGGCACUGGUACCAGGAGGCCCAUGUGGAGUGUCAAUGAGUGAGCCACGAACCUCGGCGCUUUAGAAAGCUUUGGGGGAUUCACAACUUGAUCAUUUUUGCCCUGCGGAUGUUCACAAGUCUAGUUUGUCCAAUAUGCUGCUAGAAGCAAAGAACGGUGAAGAGACGGUCGUGUAUAAAGCGGCUGCCGCAUCUGUACAGGUUCUGGUGGAGCCCGUUGGUCGUUGGUUUGAGGCAUACAUUCGGAGGAGAAACAGGAACCUGUCAGCCUCUUUUCAAGAGCUAGAAGAGGAAGAGGAGUCCUCAGAAGAUGAGGAGGAUGAGGAGUUCCAGCUUGAGGAGCACCCAAUGCUUAGAACACUUGAUCCAAAAGAUUGGAAGAAUCAGGAUCACUAUGCUGUCCUUGGGCUCCCACACUUGCGAUACAAAGCAACACAAAGACAAAUCAAAGCUGCUCACAAAGUGAUUGUAUUGAAGCACCAUCCUGACAAAAGGAAAGCUGCAGGUGAACAGAUUGCUGAAGGAGACAAUGACUACUUUACCUGUAUAACUAAAGCUAUUGAAAUCCUGUCUGACCCUGUGAAGAGGAGAGCCUUUGACAGUGUUGACCCCACCUUUGACAACACUGUGCCUUCUAAAGGUGAAGGCAAAGAAAAAUUUUUUGAGGUCUUUUCUCCCGUUUUUGAGAGAAAUGCUCGGUGGUCUUCCAAAAAAACUGUGCCCAGUCUGGGAACCCCUGACUCAUCGUUUGAAGAGGUGGACAGUUUUUACACUUUUUGGUACAACUUUGAUUCAUGGAGGGAAUUUUCUUACUUAGAUGAAGAGGAAAAGGAAAAGGCUGAAUGUCGAGAUGAAAGGAGAUGGAUUGAAAAGCAGAAUCGAGCUUCCAGAGCUCAGAGAAAAAAGGAGGAGAUGAACAGAAUCCGCACACUAGUUGAUACGGCGUACAGUUGUGACCCAAGAAUAAAGAAAUUCAAAGAAGAAGAAAAAGCGAGGAAAGAGUCUGAGAAGAAAGCAAAAGCUGAAGCCAAGAAAAGAGAGCAGGAAGAGAAGGAGAAAGCACGGCAGGCGGAGCUGGAGGUGGUCCGCUUGGCGAAGGAGAAGGAGGAGGAGGAGGCCAGGCAGGCAGCCCAGCAGGCGAAGAAGGAGAAGGAAAUCCAAAAGAAAGCCUUCAAGAAGGAGAGGCAGAAACUGAGGAGCACCUGCAAGAACUGGAAUUAUUUUGCUGACAAUGAAGUUGACAGUGUGAAAAUGAUGGAAGAAGUAGAGAAACUUUGCGAUCGACUGGAACUAACAAGUCUGCAGUCUCUGAAUGAAAUCCUGGCCUCAGGCUCAAAAGAAGAGAGCAAGGCAGCAGUUGAGAAGCAGGUAGAGGAGGUGAACAUCCAGCUGCAGAAGGAGAAGGAGAGCGAGGCCCAGGCCAGGCAGGCAGCUCGCAGCGCUGAGCAGGCCAGUGGAGGAGGAGGCGGAGGGAAGGGUUGGAAUGAGGAGGACCUCCAGCUGCUCAUCAAAGCUGUUAAUCUUUUUCCUGCUGGAACCAAUGCCAGAUGGGAGGUAAUAGCCAACUACAUGAACUUGCACUCCACCAGUGGUAUGAAGAGAACAGCCAAAGAUGUCAUCAAUAAAGCCAAGAACCUUCAAAAACUCGAUCCUCUUCAGAAAGAUGAGAUAAACAGGAAAGCUUUUGAGAAGUUCAAAAAGGAGCACACGUCAGUCCCACCGUCCAUAGAUAAAGCCACGCCCUCUGAAAGAUUCGAUGGUAGUGAAGGUAAUGCAGCCCCCUGGACCACAGAGGAACAGAAACUUCUGGAACAGGCCUUGAAGACCUACCCAGUGAGCACACCUGAACGGUGGGAAAAGAUCGCUGCUACAGUUCCUGGACGAAGUAAGAAGGACUGUAUGAAGAGGUACAAGGAACUGGUGGAGAUGGUUAAAGCCAAGAAAGCUGCUCUGGAACAAGUGGAAGCCAAGAAUAAAAAAUGACAAGAACCACAAGUGAUGAUAGAAUCUGUCAUUUUAACAUUAUUGUUAUUCUUUAUUUUCUAAUAAAAAAAGAAAUAACUAAAACACAAGACAUAA